AUGACAAUACAACAGUUCUACCUCCUGGGUGAGGACCCGGCGACUGCUCUCGACAUUGAGAUCCCCUCAUCCAUCGACGAAGAUGAGCUUCGACACCUCAUCGCCUCCCACUUUGCCAUCGUCGACCCCAAUGGCAUCGGCUUCACCUCCCCCACCACCUCUCUCCCAACAACCGCCGACGUCCUGCGCACGCCCGGCCCCAUCUCCAUAACAAUCGACAACCACCCCGUCCGCCCCAUCCCCGGCCCCAAGGGCCUCCCCUACAUCGGCAACUACCUCGAGAUCUACCCGGACCACCUAGGUAACCACCAACGUCUCUUCGACCGCUACGGUCCCCUUUUCAAAACCACCAACCUCGGCAGCGUGACCUACCACACCAACGACCCGAAAUUGGCCUCUAUCGUCUUUGCAGAGAGCGAUUUCUUCUCCAAGAGUAUCAUCAAAGGCCACCCUUUGCAUCCGAUCAAGAACCGGGAGGCCGGGGUGUUCUUGGGGGAUACGGAUACCGAGGAGUGGAGGAUGGCACAUAAGUUUUUGCCGCCUGCGUUGGGGCCCAAGGCGGUACGGCAUUACGCGCCGACUAUGCAGGUGACUGUUGAUCAGGCGUGUAAGGUGUUUGAUGAGUUGGAUGAGAGGGAGGAAGCGUGGAAUGUGUAUCCGUACAUGUUGAAGUUGGGGUCGCAGGCCGUUGGGAAACUGGUGCUGGGGAUGGACUUUGGGCAUUUUGAGGCGGUGGAUGCGCCGAUGCAUGAGAUGGUCGGGAGGAUUGCGGAGAGCUUGUCGCUGAAUAAGCAGAUUGCGUCGAUGGGGAGUUGGUAUGCGAGUAUGCCGUUUGGGGCGCCGAAGCAGUUGCGGUUUGUGGCGGAGAGGAUUAGGGUUAUGAUGGAGGAGUCGGUCGAGAGGGCGUUGAGGGGGACGGAGGAUUUGGAGUUGCAGGAGGCUGCGUUGAAGGCGGAGAAUAUGGUUGACUACCUCCUCCACGCCAAAGACUCCAAAGGCCUCAAAAUGCCCCGCAACCGCAUCCUCGAGCCCCUCGUCGUCGCAACAGGCGCCGGCUUCACAACCACCUCCUCCCUCCUCUCCUGGCUCCUCUACGGCCUCGUCACCUACCCCGGUGUCCAAGACCGCCUUCUCCAAGAACUCAUCGACCACAACGUCACCGCCGACACCCAAUUCACCUCCGACCUCACCGACAAACUCACCUUCCUCGACCACUACAUCAAAGAAACCCAACGCCACCACAACCCCUCCUUCCAACCAGCCCGCACCGCCAAAGUGGACAUGAUUCUCCCCGGCGGCUACAAACUACCCCGGGACGCUGUCGUCAUCCCCGCGCUGCACCACAUCCACCACAACGCGGCCGUGUGGGAAAACCCGGGGAGGUUUGAUCCAGACCGGUGGGGGGAUAAGGAGGCGGCGCGGAAUCGGCCGAGCGGGUCGUAUAUCCCGUUUGCGACGGGCCCGAGGAUGUGUGUGGGGUUUAACUUUGCGCUGCAGGAGGUUAAGGUUUUCUUGCCCAAGUUGGUGUAUCGGUAUCGGUUUGAGAGGGCGUUGGAUGGGCCGGUGGAGUAUGAUCCGAUGUUUCAGUUGAUUCGGCCGAAUAAUUUGUAUGUGAGGGCUGAGAGGAGGGUGAAGUGGCCGCCGAGGAGUGAGUAG